AUGGAAUUUGCAUCGAAUGAUGGCGCCGAGGAGGAUUUGUAUGCGGCCUUUGAGCCGGAGUCAGAGAAUGCAUUUGCGGCGUCCCCCAGAAACUACGUCUCCGAGACGCACGAGGUUGGUGGCGGCGGUGCUGUCAACCCGCUGAUGCAGGCCCCGCCGUCCAGGUGGGGCGCAACAAGCAUUGGCUCAGCAUGGGGCGUGCCGGGGAGCCGAGUGGGCACGAUGGGCGGUGGCGUUGGGGCCGCUCGUCCAAUGACGUCCAACCGCGGGGUCGGCUUCAACGCCGCACUCACGCAGUUCAACAGCGGCGCCAUUUUUGACCCCGCCGGUCAGGGCCGGACGGCGAUGGCGAUGGGCCCAGCACCUCCGUUGAAGAAGCGUGGCGAAAACAGUCCGGAGGAGCAGUGCGCGGAGGUUGAGAAACUGAUUCACAAACUCAUUGAAGAAAGUGCCAUGCUAGCAUUACAGAAAGACUACGGUAGCGCAUUAGAAAAGGCAAAGGAAGCGAGUAAGAAGGAACGUCAAUUAUGUAAACAAAGAGAACAACUUGGUCUUGCGGAUCAAAUCAAUGCCGAUCUUACGUAUGCCGUGCAUUUUAACCUUGCUGUGCCAUACCAAAAUCAUCAACUUUACACAGACGCUCUUAAUACAUAUUCUCUUAUUCUUCGAAAUCUUCAAUUUUCACAGGCCGCACGUCUGAGAAUAAACAUGGGGAAUAUACACGUUGCCCAGGGCAGGUACCUCCUUGCCAUUAAAAUGUAUCGUUUGACACUAGAUGAGACACCAACAGCAUCCCGAGAACUUCGCCACAGAUUAUUGCGCAGUAUUGGUAAUGCCUUUGUGAAACUUGGUC